CCCCCUCUCCUCCGCUCACCCGCCCGCCCGCCCACCGCACCACCCCCGCAACACUUUUUCGCCCCCAUCUUUGAAUGAACCUUCCUCCUCCUCGGCUCUGAUCGGCCCCGCCCUAUAUAUCCCGCCUCCCUUCCCUUCCCCCAGAGUCCCAGACCGCAGCAGACCGCAGCUGACGACGGACGCCGAGCCGGAGCCCGUAGCGCGCGAGGGAGGGAGUGCGACUGGGUGAUUCGGUCGAUGGCGAAGCUGUACGUGCAGGCGGUGCCGCCGCCGGAUCUGAACAAGAACACGGAGUGGUUCAUGUACCCUGGGGUGUGGACCACCUACAUUCUCAUCCUCUUCGUCUCCUGGCUCCUCGUCCUCUCCGUCUUCGGGUGCAACCCCGGCACGGCGUGGACGCUCGUCAACCUCUCCCACUUCGCGAUUACGUAUCACUUUUUCCACUGGAAGAAGGGGACUCCAUUUGCUGAUGACCAGGGGAUGUAUAACACAUUGACAUGGUGGGAACAAAUGGACAAUGGCAAACAGCUUACUCGCAAUAGAAAGUUUUUAAUGGCGGUUCCUGUCGUUCUGUAUUUGAUAGCUUCGCACACAACGGACUACCAACAUCCUAUGCUCUUCCUCAACACCCUUGCAGUCACUGUGCUGGUUGUUGCCAAACUACCAAACAUGCACAAGGUUCGGAUUUUUGGAAUCAAUGCCGGUAGCUAAGCAGUAGCAUCCCACGGUAGACAGCUUUCCAUGUCAUAGUUCAUCUGGAUUUCGGGAUGUGUUGCACCUAGUUCUGAAUUGGAUCAUCAGAUUAUCAGAGUACCAGUGAGUAGUGUUUGAAAGCUGUUCGUAGAUGACAUGUAAUCAUUGUACAGAGAAAUGCUAAGAAGGCUUGAAAAGAUGCUUUCUGCAACUAGUGAAGAACGAGUUCUGUAGACUCUUAAUGUUGUUACAUGUUCUCUAGCAAGUACUUGUCAAUUGAUACAUGCACAGUUCUGCUCUUUGUGAGGAGGUUAUACUUUUGCAUCACCACAAUGUGAAAUUGGAAGUGCAUGUGCCAUUCCUUAAGCAAUAAUCAGUUAUUAUAUGACAAAA